AUGACGGCUCUCUCGCAGAACGAGGCUGUUCGAGGCAUAUGUGUUGUGACUGCAUACCUGCCGUUCGAACUCUUCAUGCAUGACUUGAGGUCGGCAAUUAUUGGGGCAUUGUCGGGGCAUGGCUCUUCUGAGACUUCGCCAAAUUCCCUCGACUCUCAAUUGCUUGAUCCCCUGAAGCAAGCAUAUCGUGCUAAAUUUUGCUGGAGGUGGACAACAGCGCAGAUGCUGAAUGGCAGAUGUACCCAAGAUCUCCGAUCAUCGCUUCCCAUACCCUCCGCCAUACUGGGUAAGAAAGCUCCAAAUGAUGGUAGCUUUAGCAAUACCACUUCUGGUCUGAACACUGGCAUUUACAACAAAGCUGGUCGCGGUGUGAAUAGUUUGAAACCCAACAGCUUUCUCCUGAUGUGGCAAAUGGCGCUCACUUCAACCUCUUCGUCCAAGGCAAUCUGGCUCAAACAUAUGCACAUCCCUAGCAGCUCCAAUCUGGUCUUCGCUUCUCGCCAUGGUCAAUCAGCAGCGGCAGGGCUCUGGCAGCGGCCCAGUUGCUUCGUCAAUGCCGUUCUGUACGAGCAUACCGAGAUCUUUCACGACAUCAAGAACGGCUCAAAUCCUGGAUGUAGAACUGAGGCUUUUCCUGCCCUGUCUGGAUGGGACCUUUCUACAGGACUUGGAAAAGGUGAAAGACCUCCGAGACGAGGGUUUCUCCUGAUGAAAGUUCGCUUGCAUGCAAGUUACUUCAAUCCUUCGCCAUUUCUUUCCAUUCGACAAUCGACGCCGGAUACUGCCUGCGGAAUGUCGCUGAAGGAGUGGCAGCCGCACGAAGCCCAGCGAAUCAUCCCGAUAAUUACGUACAUGUGCCUGAGCAACUUGGGUCUGUACCAGCCGCGCUCGCUUAACCCUACAUAUUACGGGUUCGCGGAGCGAGAUACAGCUCUAUUCGAAGACGAGAUCCUUACUUACCCCGGUGCCACCGACACAGCAAUCGCAAUUCUGGCCACAUGA